AGGUGUCUCUGCAACAUGGACCCACAGAAUCUAACACAUGUCUCUAAAUUCCUCCUGCUGGGCCUCUCAGAGGAUCCAGGAUUGCAGCCCCUCCUCUUUGGAAUGUUCCUGUCCAUGUACCUGGUCACCGUGCUCGGGAACCUGCUCUUCAUUCUGGCCAUCAGCUCUGACCUCCACCUCCACACCCCCAUGUACUUCUUCCUCUCCAACCUGUCCUUGGCUGACAUUGGUUUCACCUCUGCCACAAUCCCAAAGGUGCUUAUGGAUAUCCACACACACCACAGAAUCAUUUCUUAUGUCAACUGCCUGCUUCAGUUGUCUUUUUUUAGUUUUUUUGGAUGUAUGGACAAUCUACUCCUGACGGUGAUGGCCUAUGACCGGUAUGUGGCUAUCUGUCACCCACUUCACUACCCGGUCAUCAUGAACCCCAACCUCUGUGGCUUGCUGGUUUUGGUGUCUUUUUUUCUCAGCCUUUUGGAGUCCCAGCUGCAUUGCUUGAUGGUGUCACAACUCACCUUCUGCAUGAAAGUGGAAAUUCCUCAUUUCUUCUGUGACCCUUCUCAACUCAUCAACCUUGCUUGUUCUGACACCAUCACCAAAAACAUACUAGUGUAUUUUAUUGGUGCCAUCUUUGCAGGUGCUCCAGUCUCAGCAAUCCUUUUCUCUUAUACUCGAAUUGUUUCCUCCAUUCUGAGAGUCCCGUCAUUGGGUGGGAAGUAUAAAGCCUUUUCCACCUGUGGCUCUCACCUGUUAAUCGUUUGCUUAUUUUAUGGAACAGGUGUGGGAGUGUACCUGAGUUCAGCUGUCUCACCUUCUCUCAGAACUGGUGCAAGGGCCUCAGUGAUGUACUCCAUUGUUACUCCCAUGUUGAAUCCCUUCAUCUACAGUCUGAGAAACAGGGAUAUCAAGAGGGCUAUGCAGAGACUCCUCAGCAGACCAGCAUAA